AUGGAAGACAUUGUCAUUGGUAUCGGUGGAAAGGUUGUAGAAUGCUUGGCGGGUCCAAUUCUAGAUCGUGCUCGCUAUUUAUUUUGCUUCAAGAAAUUCAUUGGGGAGCUUAUGGAAGCUGAACAUGUGCUGAAGAGAAGACUGGAAGAAGUGAAGGAGCGCAUGGAACAAGCUGCUCGAAAUAGUGAGGAAAUAACACUACCUGUGAAGAACUGGUUGAAUGACGUGGAGAAAAUUCUAGAGAAUAUGCAAGAGUUGCAACAAAAGGCUGAAAAGGAAGUAAAGAGUUGUUUGAAUGUGUCUCUCAAGUAUUCCUUAGCAAAACAAAUGGAUAAUAACGCAAAGAGGAUGAUGGAGCUAAAAAAGGAGUCCUACUUUGAGAAAGACCAUUUUUCUCAUCUAAUCCAACUUCCUGGCAUCACUCACUUCUCUUCCAAAGACUUUGUGGAUUUUAAGUCAAGGGAAUCUACUUAUAAGGAUCUUUUGGAGGCAAUUAAAGAUGAAAAGAACAAGAUGAUCGGACUCUGUGGUAUGGGCGGUUCACGUAAAACCACUUUGGCAAAAGAAGUAGGCAAGGAAGUGGACAAGAUGAAGAUUUUUGAAAAGGUCAUCAUGGUCAUUGUUUCGAAACCUCCUCUAAAUGUUACAAAAGUUCAACAAGAUAUAGCAGAGCAAAUAGAUUUGAAAAUUUCAGAUCAAACUCCAUUGGCAAGAGCACAAAGGCUGUCAAAUCGAUUGAAAAAUAAGAAGAUUCUUAUAAUCUUGGAUGAUGUGUGGGAAUAUCUAAAGCUUGAAGAUAUUGGAAUUCCACUUGUUGAAGGUUGUCAGAUCUUGUUAACAACUCACCUUCGCAAUGUAUGUGGCUUUAUGGGUUGUAAGACUAUUGAACUGCCUUUGAUAACUAGGGAGGAGGCCUGGGAAUUAUUCAAGAAGCAUGCAAAUCUACGCAAUGAUUCCUCAAAUAUGUUUGAUGACAUAGGAAGGAAAAUUGUUAAUGAGUGCAAGGAGCUACUGAUUGCAAUAGCAAAAGUUGGAAGCUCCUUAAAGAGAAAACCUAUUAGAGCAUGGGAGUCAGCACUAAGCAGAAUAGAACGUGGUCAGCCAUUAAAUGUUGCAGAAGGUUUGACCAAUGUUAAUGCAUGUUUAGAAUUGAGUUAUGAAGGCUUGUCAAGUUCAACAGCCAAGUCCCUCUUCUUAUUAUGCUCUAUGUUCCCUGAAGAUCAUGAAAUUCAUAGAGAGGAUUUAAUUCGAUUUGGCAAGAGGACACUUGAGCUAGAGGAGUCUAUUGUCACAAUGGAGGAUGCAAGGAGAGAGAUUUUAUAUGCUCUAGACAUCUUGUUGGAUUCUUAUUUGUUGAUGAGUAUAGAAAAGGAAGCGCAUGUGAAAAUGCAUGAUUUAGUUCGAGAUGCAGCUUUGUGGAUUGCAAAGAAGCAACGCUAA